AUGCUGGAGAUCUACAAUGAACAGGUUCAUGAUCUUUUAAGCAAGGAUAAAGUACCCCCUGGAGGAUUACCUGUCCGUCAAUUACCAAAUCAGGGCUUUAUUGUGCAAGGUCUUAGCAAGGUUCCUGUUGGUUCCUAUCAUGAAAUUGAGCAGCGUAUGGAACAAGGUACAUCAAAUCGAACUGUUGCCGCUACAAAUAUGAAUACCACAAGUAGUCGAGCACAUACAGUUGUGUGCAUUACUUUCGAUCAAUUAAUCAGUUCCGAUUCCGGAAACGUACAAAAAAAAAGUUCGACCAUCAAUCUAGUUGAUUUGGCAGAUGGACAUUUAGAUUAA